UUCAGAAUGAUUAGUUGCCAGCGGAGAGGCAGAUUAUACGGCUCUACACAACUGUUGUUUUAAUCCCCUGGGCGAGGAGAUUUAGCUGAGGAAAAAAACACUGGUUUUAAACCCAGCAGCCAUAUUGUAUGGAAAAACGACGGAAAGACUCUGAAAAAGUCAUUUUUCCCAGACUCCUCUGUCAAGACUUCUUGGGAGUUUUAAGUGUUUUUCUUACUGGCGGUGGGUUUCUGUCGGACAGCUAGUUUGCCAGCUGGUUGAAGAAUUCAGAGACUGGGACUAGUUUUUGAGCCAUUUGACACAUUACUGUGGUCCUCUCUGGUCUAAAGGUGUUAAAUAUACCGUCUAAAACAUGAAGGACCGAUUGGAGCAACUCAAAGCGACGUGUGAUCAAGAUGACGACGAGGUGGAGAUCUCUAUGGACAAUGCAGCCUUCAUGGAUGAGUUCUUCUGUCAGAUUGAAGACAUCAGGAGUAGUAUCGACAAAAUUGACGAGAACGUGGCUGAAGUCAAAAAGCUUUACUCUGUCAUCCUGUCUGCUCCCACAUCAGAUCAGAAAACGCAGGAUGACUUGGAGGCAAUCACCAAUGACAUAAAGAAGAUGGCCAACAAUGCAAGAAACAAACUUAAGACCAUCGAGAGGAAUCUGGAGUCAGAGGAGCAGGAGAGGGUGUCGGCUGACAUUCGGAUACGUAAAUCACAGCAUGCAGUGCUGUCCAGGAAGUUUGUGGAGGUAAUGACAAAGUAUAAUGAAGCCCAGGUGGACUUCAGGGAGAAGAGUAAAGGACGUAUUCAGAGACAACUAGAGAUCACUGGAAAAGCAACAACCGAUGACGAACUGGAGGAGAUGUUGGAGAGCGGCAAUGCUGCUGUGUUUACUGCAGGGAUUGUGGAUGCCGGGGUCUCUAAACAAGCUCUGAGUGAGAUUGAAGCCAGACACAAAGACAUUGUCCGUCUGGAAAGUAGCAUCAAGGAGCUGCACGAUAUGUUUGUAGACAUCGCCAUGCUGGUGGAGAGCCAGGGUGACAGUAUUGACAACAUAGAGAAGAAUGUAUCCAAGUCAGAGGACCAUAUAACAGAGGCUAGGGAACAGACCAAGAAGGCUAUAAGGCAUCAGGGCAAAGCACGCAAGAAAAUGGUGAUUAUAGUGGUGGUUGUGGUGGUCUUGCUGGCCCUACUAGCUCUCAUAAUCGGGUUAUCAGUUGGAUUGAAGCCAAGCUGAUGAGCUGUUUGAGUAAGAGGAGAGCUGAGGAAGAUGAUCAUAAUUGGUGUUGUCUGUGCUGUGGUCCUUGUCAUCCUCCUCAUCAUCAUCCUCACACAGACGGUGUAAAAGGACUGCUGCCAUCAUCUGUUCAUUCGUCCUCCAUCAACUGGCCCAACAAAGAGAAAGCUAAUGCUGAUCACUCUAUAAUGGAUAAGAUAAUAUUUAUAAAAACAGAAGGACAAGUGUUAUAUUUGACCUCUGGAAAAAAGAAGAUCUAUGAGACUUGUUAUAAUUACGCAGACUUUUUAGCCAAUCAGAACUGCCCUUCCUGUCAGUGAGGGUCUGUUUGACCCCACUCUGCGUUGGCAGUUUAAGGAUGCUCUGCUGCAAAUGAGGAAAUAAGACUGACGCUGACAUGAGGUGCAAUAGCUGUUGUACCUCUAUGGAGGAGAGAAAGGAGAAUUGAAAAUUAACUGAUCACUUUAGCGUCACUAAACAUUUCAUUGUCCAACAUUUGAUCAAAAGAAUCAGCCCGGACGUGUUCAUCUGAAAUUGAUUUUAAACGUCCAGUAGGUUGGACCCAUGUGAAGCCCUGUAGAAGCACAUCACCUCCCUUAUCAUUAUUUCUUGCCUUUUUAUGAGCCUUGACACAUUUUGUGAUUUAAAAGCUAGCUACUGUAUGUUCACUGUAUUGGGUUUGGGGGGAGUUCCAGCACUUUCACAUUUCAAAAUAUGUUUAUUUUUCUGUAAUGAAGCUCGGAUGAUCAUGUGUAAUAUUAUUAUUAUUUGUGUUGUUUAUAUGUAGCCCUUUCUUUGGCUAGUUUCUUUAACUUGAAGAGGAUCGGUGUGCUCACUUGUGAUUCUUCAGUUUGUAGAGCCCAGUGGUUCUGGUGUUUUUAAAUGAAGGAUGAUGCUUGUGCAAACAAAUGUAAUGCUUAGGUGAAGCUAAGAUGAGCAAAUAAAAGUCAGGUUAGGUAGAUAAACACGCAUCCAGUGCUUUGAGACUUAUCCAAACCCUGCUACGUCUUGGACAAAUGCCUGAAUAUUCGUUUAUUUUUGUUAACCUGCUACCAUGUUGACCAUCUUGACCUCCUACAUAGAGAGCUGAUUCUCUCCUGUUGAAGAGCUGUAAAAACGUUUAUGUUUUAAUGCCAAUGAGACUUAUAGUGACCCUAGAUAUUUCCAUUUCAGUGCAGAAUAGUCUUAUAAGUAAGUCAUAGUAAUAUAUUUGUUAUACUAUUUAAUGGUCAGUGAGGCCUCCCUGACUGGUCGCACUUCACCAGUGGGAUUAGCAUUUCCUGGCAUAUUCUAGGUGUCCAUAUAUUUCUACUGUAAAACCACACGUCAGUUGCCAACAUUUCAAACUAUUGCAUUCCAAUACAACAGCCCUGUGAUCAAUCCUAUUCUCAUGAACUUUUAAACAAGUCUGACUUCAUUGAUACAAAGAGACUAAACUACAUUUCUGAGGAACUGAACCCAACCUUGAAAGAGACCAUUAGGUUGAAUCCACAUAUAUCUGCAACAGUUCAAACCAAACCUAUACAUAACUAGAAGGGCAUUUGGAGAACACAGACCUCUGCCAAGGCCAAAUGUCCUACAUCGCAAUGUUAACAAAAAAAAUAAAAUUAUUUGUAUGUCUGAUUUUAUAAUUUUAUAUUUAUUUUUUUACCAAUGUCCAAGCCUUUCAUUACGUUUCCUGAACAUCCAGCCAGCACUUUUUCCAUUGUCUUACUGACAAACAGACAAACAAGCUUGGUGAAAUGAUGAAAAUCAGUACUUAUAUAUAUCUAAACCAAAUGAAGUUGAGAUUUAUUACAGGGCUGUCGAAUGCAUUACUUUUAGCUGAGUGUACCUUAACAACAUAUUUUAUUUCUGGUUUGUCACAAUCAUUUCAUUAGGUGUUUUUAUCUCGGUAGAGUCUAACAGAGAGUUUAUUGAACCACCGUGCGCAUGUAAUCACCCAGAGCUUUAAUAUGGCAGUUAAAGCAGGUGAUUCAGGCUGUGCACACAGACUAUCAGAGACAGUUUCCACUCACUAAAGAGGAUGUUAUCAACAGGUAUUGACCACAUGCAGGGGUAAAUGUCCAACGCAUUAUGAGGGCUGGCAUUCAUGAGGGAAGCCUUUUUUUCUGUUGCCUCAAUGGUUCCUUUUAAUUCUGGUUGUGCAGGGAGGUAGCUCUUGAGAGUGAGAGGCCUCCCCAGCUUGGUCUUUUGACCGAGCAGUCUGCUCUUUUGGCUUCUGCCCUCGACUGUUAAAUCCUACUGCUCCGACUGCUCGAGCCUUUUUAUUCCCACACCACUUUACCCACCAGCAUGAGCUGCAAUAAGAGCAGGAGGAGGAGAAAACUAAAGCCGUUGUUCACUGUGUUAAAUUAAAGUGCCACAGAUUUUAUUCAAAAUUAAAGAUUUUAUGUUUUUUAAUGGUU